AUGACAACUGAAAAUCCUUCUGAUGUCUCCUCAGGAAUAGAAAUUAAAUUUGUAUAUGCACCCCUUGGUGACCAGUCACAACUGACCUCUACGAUUUAUGUGACUGAUAAUAUUGUGACUACUGCUGCUACUACAUCAUGUGCCACUAAUACGAUAUCGACUCCAAAAACAUUUACCACCACAGAAAAGAAUGCUGUAUUCUACACAGUUGGCUACACCACAACAACCACAGCUUCAUCUUUAACCUGUUCACUGCUGAAGUGUUACACGACUUAUUAUGCCACUACGUAUCCUACAACAUAUGUUACAAGUGCUGAAAUUACCAGUAUAAAAACUACUACUGGUUUUUAUAGUGAAUCAACAAUUGUUGAUUCCAAAUCUACAAGCAAUAUCGCUGCUACAAAUUCAAUCGCUGCUACAUCUAUUGUUGCUACCAGGAAUAAGUCUUCAUUCAACACUACGUUUUCAGCUGGUCCAAUCAUUACUUCCAAAGAUGCUGAAGUCAUUUCAUACUUGGAUCUUACUACAGUCCCAACUGUGACUUCUACGCUUUAUACUGCUACCACCACAGUCUUACCUGCUUCAACGUUUACUUCAGAAGUUAGCUUAGAUACAACACAACAAAAUCCAGUAACAAGGGCUACUGAAUCAGGUGGUACUACUUCAAUCACCAUUAGCUUCAAUACCACUGCUGCUACGACUGUGCCAACAAGUUUAUCCUCAAGCUAUGACAUCUCAGAGGGAUCUUCGCUUAGUGUAUUCCCAAGUUCCACAUCUUUUCAUUCUUCUGAUUUAACUACACCUUCUGCUUCCCAAUCAACUGCUGUUACAACCAAGACUUAUACCAUAUCUAGUGGUUCAUCAACUUACAAAGUCACUUCUACAGGGCUUGCAUCGUCAAUCACAACCUUGGUUACCUCAACACGUUUCUCAGAUUCCAGUCUAAGUGGUUAUUCAUCGCAAUGGAGCAGCUCAGGUUAUUACAACUCAAGUAUGGCAGCUUCGAGUUACUAUUCAGCAGUAAGCUCUUCUGAAGCCUCUUCGAGUGCAUCAGAAAGUAUUUCAGCUUCAUUAUCUUUAAGCGUAUCAGCUUCAAGCCUUCCUUCAUCAUCAAGUGAAUUAACUUCAUCAUCAAGUGAAUUAACUUCAUCAUCAAGUGAAUUAACUUCAUCAUCAAGUGAAUUACCUUCAUCAAGUUCACCUACUUCUAAUCCUUCUGAAUUCACUGUUUAUGCUGAAAACUAUAACAAUGAUUACUCGGGGGACUUGUUUGCUGCUGUUGACAAUAGUGCUCCAGAUUCUGUUUUUGGUGCCGGCCAAGUUGGUGUUAACAUUCCUACUUGUGUUGAUAACGGAGGUACUCCAUACGAAACAAAUAAAUUUUACGUCAACUUAUUCCUUGGAAGUCAAGACCAAAUGGUUUGGACUUAUCCUUACGGAGUAUGGUGGGACCAAACUAAUUACUACGGGUUAGGUGUUCAACAUACGGUAAUCGAUGAUAGAGUUUUUGGUUCAAUUGAUACCAACAAUCCAGGAGUUCCAUCUUAUUUCUUCAACCCAAUUUUGAAUGCAGAAAUGGUAUUUUCGGCUACUUCGUUAACCAGCAGUAAUAAUCAUUUAGGACUUGUUGAUAUGUUGGAUAUGUCUGCAACUGUGAUCAUCUCACCAGAAUCUUCAUGCAACCCUACCGACUAUAUCGAAGCUCCAUUGGUCCAAGGAAUGGGUUUCGUUACAGCAAUUUACCAUGGUUCACUAAUCGUUGAAAUCAAUUCAGUGUACGGUUUCACUAAUGUUGUCUCAGUUUCAUCUGCUAUCAUAACUUCUAACACUUUGAAAUACAGAGUAACAUUGUCUACUGGUAUAGAAUGGUUAUUAUAUGUCACUGAUCCAUCAGGUAGUUUGACAUCUAAGAAGAGAUCUGACUUUGGUUUCUCGAUUUCUUACACCACCUUGACUGCAUCUACAAGUAUCGAUGGCCUUAUUCUUCAAGCUGCCGUUGCACCUGAUAGUACCGCUCAAGAAGCUUACUACGACAUGUCAGCUGGUUUGUAUACCACUAGUAUUGAUCUCACUGGUAAUGCAAGUGGUGGAUCUUCAGCAACAUAUUCUUUCGAAUAUCAAACACGUGGUAUAUCUGCCCACAAUUCUCCAUUGGUGUUCCUUCUUCCUCACCAUUUGGAGUCGUUGCUGUCCUCUGGUACUCUUACUGAUAUCACUCUUGAAUCUACCACCAAGGGAAGAAUGACGGCUAUUUUAACUAAUACUGUUACCAUGGCUGAAACAUUGAACACAGAUCUCCAAUUCCUCCCAUGGAUCCCAGGUUCAAGCAACUUAGUCUUUACCAAAGAACAAAUGGAUUUAUUAGUGGAAACAGCUACCAGUGAAAUUAACGUAGAUAUCCAAUCUACUGUUGCUUCCUAUCAUUCAAACUACUUCUCUGGUAAGGUCAUUGACAAAUAUGCUUACAUUUUAUAUGUUAUCAAUGAAAUUAUUAAGGAUCAAGACGCAAGUGCUACUGUUUUGGCAGCCAUGAAGCAAGCUUUUUCAACAUUCACUUCCAAUGCACAAUAUUAUCCUUUAAUGCAUGACACAAGAUUUGGUGGUGUCACUUCUACUGCCGGACCCACUGAAGACUUUGGUUCAGGGUACUAUAAUGAUCACCAUUUCCAUUAUGGUUAUUUUAUUCAUGCUGCUGCUGUUGUUGGGUAUGUGGAUGCCCAACAAGGUGGAACAUGGGCCGAAGACAAUAAGGAUUGGGUGAACUCUUUGGUUAGAGAUGUUGCCAACCCUUCGCAUAGUGAUUCUUACUUCCCCGUUUCAAGAAUGUUUGAUUGGUUCCAUGGUCAUUCUUGGGCUGGUGGAUUGUUUGUUUCUGGUGAUGGUAGAAAUGAAGAAUCGUCAUCAGAAGAUUACAAUUUUGCUUAUGGCAUGAAAUUGUGGGGUAGAGUGAUUGGAGAUAAAUCAAUGGAAUCCAGAGGAGACUUGAUGAUAUCCAUUAUGGCCAGAUCAUUGAAUAUGUAUAUGCUUCUUUCAGAUGAUAACACGGUAGUUCCAUCGGUUAUGUUGCCAAACAAAGUUUCUGGUAUUCUCUUUGACAACAAGAUGGCUUAUACCACAUAUUUUGGCACACCUGCAGAACAUCCAGAAUAUGUUCAUGGUAUUCAUAUGCUACCAAUUACUCCAGCAUCUGGUAUGGUUAGAGGUUCUACAUUUGUUCAAGAAGAAUGGGAUACUCAAGUUUCUACCUUCUUUUCCAAGUCAGAUAUUAGUUGGAAAGGGAUCUUAAAGAUCAACCAAGCAUUAUUUGACCAUGAAACGAGUUAUAGUUUCUUUAACUCUAGUUCUUGGACCAAUGAUUACUUAGAUAAUGGCUUGUCUAGAACUUGGGCUUUAGCCUUCACUGGAGGAUUCUAA